AUGAGAAGUAAUGUAUUUGUAGGUGUGAAACCGCCAUUGAAUGCGACUUCUAUGGCUCAAGAUAAUUGGAAUGUGUUAGAUAGCAAAAAAUAUGAUUAUCUAUUAAUACCCAUUACAAAUAAUAAAUACAAAGAUACUGUAAGAAACUAUUAUUUGAAUUUCCAAGAAUCUAUUCACUUAUUAAAUGUGCCUGCUCCUCAAUUACAAGAACUUUGCAUCUCUCCAAAAACAAACUUUAAAAAUCAGCAUGACCUUUCACUAAAUAAACAACAGGAUAAUAGCACAAAAUUUCAUUUGCAUAUCGGACUAAUAUCUUCAUGGAUUGAAUUAGAAAGUGAUGACGUGGCUGUUCGAGAAUUGAGCUAUCAAGUUUUACAGCAUGAAUGGAACUAUGCAAAAUUUGUCGGAAUAGAAGUUUUAAUAUUGGCACCACCUAAAAACUUAAACAAUCUAACACAAUAUGCCCAAAUGCUUUCAAGAUUACUCCAAAAAACAUCUAAUAAUGAUGUUGAGGAUAACAAUGGAGAAACAGGUACACCUCCGAUUCUGUCGAUUUCAUUGCCCAUUUUUGAAGACUCAGAUCCUUUAUCUACAUGGGAAUUGUGGCAUAAUAUUCGUAAAAUGGCUUCUUAUCACCCUAAUUUGACUGUUUCCUUGGCAUUACCCCGCUAUAAAACACCCAGUUAUGUGGUAGAAAGAUGGAUUGCAGAACCAGUCACUUGUUUAUUAUUAUCAUCAUCCAUUUUUCCAGCCAAUAGAUAUAACUUCCCUGUUUUGAACAAAUUCAAUCAAGAAAUAAUUUUUAAAUUUCAAAAAAUAAAUGGAUACUCUCAAUUAAAUUCCAAUUCCCAAUUGAUUAUACUAUUGCACGGGAUGGAAAAAUAUUUAGAUCACAUUGAUGGUGGAGAAAAAGCCUACUUAGAAUAUACCAACUAUUUAUUAAAACAAGGCGACAAGAAAAUACUGAAAAUUUAUUCAAAGUUUAUUAAUAAUACCGAUAUUAUAUAUUCUACCAAAAGCGAUACAAAUUUUUUAACUCUUGAACAAGAUUUUUUCAUUCCACGUAUAAUGCCGCCUUUAAAACCAUUUAGUGAAAAUCUCUCCAAUAACGUUUAUCAUAUUUUCGAACAAGAUUCGAGCAAAUAUGAACAAUAUGAAUUGGCCAUUUUCGCUGCAUUACAAGACAUUCGUGAUCAAAGAAAUUAUCACAUUGAACCACUAGAAAUUGUAGUUGCAGGGGCUGGGAGGGGACCAUUAGUUACUAAAGUCUACGAUGUUUUGCAAAAAUUAGACUACAGCCCUAAGGAAUAUAAAAUAUAUGCUAUUGAAAAAAAUCCCCAAGCUGUCUUAUACUUACAGAAGAAAAAUUUUCAUAACUGGAACAAUGAAGUAACUAUUAUACAAGAUAAUAUAUGUGAUUUACAGAUACCUAAUUGUAAAUUUGAUUUGAUUAUCAGUGAAUUACUAGGAUCAUUUGGUUGCAAUGAAUUAUCUCCUGAGAUAUUGCAAUAUUUAGAAUUAUAUUAUAGUACUCCCCAAACUAUUUUCAUUCCAUGGAAAUACACUUCGUAUAUUGCACCAGUUUCGUGUCCAUUGCUGCAUCAAGUUUUAAGAAAGAGUUCUGGUACCUUUAGGAACAACAAAGAUAUUGAGUCACCUUGGGUAUUACACAAUAUUCCAUAUUGUAUUUUAUCAAGUAAAUUAAAUGAAGUAUGGUCUUUUGUUCAUAAUGCACAAGCGCAUAAGAAUAGUAAUGCUAAUAACCAAAGUGUAAACAAUAAAGAAAAUUGUAAAGAAGAUGAAGAGGAAGAGGAAGAAGAAGAUGCAUAUUCGCUAACAUUUUUGUCUAGAUCCACCACAACUUAUUUUAAAAUUAAAAAAAAGGGGGAAGUGCAUGGAUUGUUGGGUGUUUUCACAGCACAUCUAUACAGGGAUACUGUCACACUAUCCAUAUUACCUAACCAUAAGCCUGUAAAAUUUUUAAAGCAACAGCAUACACAAUCCAAUGAAAAUACUGCGACUAUGGAUCAUAGAGUUCGUAGCAAUGCUACCACCGAUACUUUUUCGCAGCAGCAACUGAAUUUAAAACAUACAGAUGGUAUGAGAUCUUGGUCACCAAUGCUCUUCCCUUUAAAGCAGCCAAUUUAUACCACUGACGACACAGAAUUGGAAAUUUAUUUUACAAGAAAUAGUGACUCUAGUAAAGUAUGGUACGAGUGGACAGUUAAAAGCUAUAUUUAUUUGGUUUGUGGAAAUAAUUCUGUAACAAAUAAUGUGGAUCUUCGCAAUAAUGUUCCCUCAUCAUCUUUUAACACUUCUUUGGCUAAAAAUAGGGAUAAUAAUAUGAUCGUUGCCAGUAAUGGUAAUAUUAACAAUAUUAAUAGUACUUCACCAAGACAAAUGUCUAGAUCAACAGCGUACAGUGCUAGAGAUACUAAGAAAUAUAACGAAGAAAUUUUACAAAAUAACCAUAAGACUGAAGAUGAUAUAAAUGAAGAGGAUGAAGAUCAGGAAGAAUAUAAUAGUACUGAUCAUAAACGUAACAAUAGUGAUGAAAAUGCAGGCUUUUUCAAGAUGCAAGAAACUGGAUGGCAAAGUAUUCAAGAUGUUCAUAAUUUACUCAAUUCACUAUCCAUUUCAAAUCAAUUGGACAAAGAAACUAAAAAUCACAUUUUGACUACGCCUAGGCCAUCAUUUAAUUUAAAUAUUAAUAAUAAUAAGAGUGUUACUACUAUAACUUCAUAUGAAGAAGAAGAGCACUCUUCGGUUACUAAUUUAAAAGAGCAGACGUUUAAACCUGAAGAAAGCUUAACCUCAAACCUUACAGUUAAACAUGUUGAUCUGCAUAAACAAGAAAAUUUGUACAAGCACAAUAAUAACAACACUACUAUUAAUAAUAAUACCGGUAAUAAUAGUAAUAGUAAUAAUUCAAUUUAUAGAGACAAUAAUAACAACAAAAACGACACCAACAAUAAUAAUAAUAAUAAUAAUAAUAAUAAUAAUAAUGCCACUUAUAUUAAUAAUUCUAGUAUUGGAAAUACAAGUAUUGAUGAAUAUCAUCUGAGAGUUGUAAUGGGUGGUAUAGAUUUGCAUAAUUGUGGAGGUAAAUUUUUUUCUAUUCCGAAAAAAAGUUGCUACGAAAAAAUAUAUAUUUAG